AUGAAGCGUGGAAUUUGGGGGAAAGAAAAUCCCAAAAGUCUGACAUUCUAAGCUUCAUAAUUUGAAGAUCCCGGAGAAACCCAAGACGGCGAAGUAUAAGUUAAGAAGAUGUGACGCAUUGAUACUUCCAUUCCUAAUUUGGUUCUGGUAAAGAUAGGCGGCGGCAAUAGCAGCAACAGCGGCGAUGGAAGGCAACGGUGACGGCAAUACUUCCACCGCUCCGACCGUUUUGACCGGCGGCAAUGGUAGUAAUGGUGCGGAGUCGGCGGAGGCAAGGAGGAGGGUAAGAAUACCCAGCGCCGGUGGUGGAGGAGGAUUAAUAGGGAAGCCGGUUAUAGUGAUGAUAUGCGGGAGCCUGGUGUACUACCACUGCGCCUAUCAGAAAUCAAGCCUUGUCUCUCUCGUCUCAGACGUCUUCAUCGUUCUUCUCUGUGCUCUCGCCAUACUCGGCCUCCUCUUCCGCCAGAUGAGCAUCCCUGUGCCGGUAGAUCCACUAGAAUGGCAGAUAUGCCAGGAGACGGCCAAUAGCGCCUUUGCCGGUUUGGCCAACACAGUUGGCGCUGCUGAAUCUGUUCUUCGUGUUGCUGCUACAGGUCAUGAUAAGCGGUUGUUCAUCAAGGUUGUUGCUACUCUUUACAUGCUGUCUGUUUUAGGGAGGAUGGUUCCUGGUGUUACCCUUGCUUAUGCUGGUCUGUGCUUGUUUUGUCUGUACUUGCUAAUAGAGAACUCUGAAUUGAUCAGUUCACGCGUCUUGCGUUUUUCUGGGACGAGAGAUUAUUCGACAGCACAAGAUGAUAACUCAUAGUUGUUUACAGCAACGUGUGUGCAUUUAGUCCACGUUUCUCUUCUUAUAUAGUUCUCUUCAUUGGCAUGCCAUAUAAGGUGUUCUGUAAAUCUGUGAUGUAUAUGAAUUAUUAGCCUUUAGCCCUCUGUUGCAUUGAGAGGUGUUAUAAAAAGAUAGGGAGGAGUACUUUCCACCUUGGAGAAGCACACAGUAAAUAAAAUACACUUAUCUUUGACGGUAGAUCUUUUCGUUUCUGGUGACCCAAAUAAUACUAGAAAUGAACAGAUCUAAAGCAA